AAAGAGCAUCGCUUGCUAGCAGUGGAAAAGAGUGAAUCAGUUAUAUUCUAAUGUCAGUCUCAGGCAAUUACGGGUGCAGAAUAGUAAAUGAACAUGCACACAUUAAAAUUGGAGCUGCAGUAGCUAUAGUGAGACAGGUACACUUCGGCCGAUAAGAAAAUCAACAUUUUUUGUGUUUCUUUGUACCAGCUAACGAAAUAAUCGUUAAGCUUGCAUUCCUAUUCUGCGCGCACGCAGCACGUAGCAGACCCAACAAAUUGUUUUGUAAUCGAGCGAGGCAAGAACAUGGAAGCAGCAGUAUUGUAAGAAACAGUAAUUUCAAACCACGGCAACCCAUUAUCAUAUGUCAUCCGUAGCGAAUCUCAUCGCCGUGUCUCCACAUUUCCCAAAAGACCAGCUGCUACUUCAACAGUAUUACAACGAGAACGAGAAGCAAUCGUCGUAGACAAACGUACCCCUUUUUUCACACCACUCUUCGUAACUGUGUGCCGAGCAUACAACCCACUCAGCCAUGGGAAAGGAACUUAUGAACAGUAGCAACUUCUGUCAGCAGCUUGGCGCAACUUUGGUUCGUAAUUUCAAGCUGAAAAUCAGAGACUCGCGAAAAACGAUAGCGGAAGUAUUCCUGCCCCUCUACACACUGGGUACUCUGAUUGUACUGAAAAUUCUCAUACCGAAUCCAAAUUUUCCCGCUAUCACGGAGCCGCGCGGUGCAGCAACACUGUUCGAACAUUUUCAGCACCAUAAAGCCCAUACCAUUGCCGUGCUACCGCAGCCAAACUCGUCUACUACGAUUCCCUUUCUGAGUGAGGUGAACGAACUAUGGAUGUCGAAUCGACGGCACCAACCAGGCAUACAUCCUAUCAAGUGGAUGGUGUAUGAAUCGCCGGAAGAAUUGCUAGCAGCCUACUGGCGCGACCCGAGCAAGAUGCCCUUGGCGCUGAUAUUCCACACGGAUGACCCGUUGUUCGGUCCGCUGAGGUACGAAAUACGCACGAAUCCAUCGUUUUUUGUGACACCCUCAACGACGGAGCUGUACUCCUCUCUGGUAACGUGCAGACAAUCGGAUAGCUACUGGUCGGCGGUAAUACCGAUCGAAACCGGUGAUUCCUGCCCGGUGAACCAGUACUACUAUUCGGGCUUUAUUGCGCUACAAACUCUGCUCGAUUACACCAAGAUCCGGAUCGUGACGCAAAAUGAAGAACUGCAGAUACCUCAUAUUACGCUAGAGAUGUUUCCAAAAGCCUACACUGGCAAUUGGAUGGUCGCAUUUAGGCUGGUCAUUCCGAUCUACAUGGUGAUGGCUUUGUCGCAAUUCAUUACAUAUCUGCUGAUCCUGAUCGUCGGCGAGAAGGAGAACCACAUAAAGGAAGGAUUAAAGAUUAUGGGGCUGCGAGAUUCCGUCUUUUGGUGCGGUUGGUUCAUCAUUUACGCGGUCUUUGUAACAUUUCUGAGCUUUGUAUCCGUAAUUCUCGUGUUUUCAUUGGGAGUUUUUCAGCAUACCAACUACCUGCCCGUGUUUAUCCUUAUUCUGUUAUACAGCUUUUCGGUUAUUCUGAUUGGCUUUAUGAUAACACCGUUCUUUGACAAUUCGCGGACCGCUGGCAUACUUGGCAAUUUUGCGGUGAAUAUUAUGUCGCUGUUGUAUUUUUUGCAAGUUUUCAUCGACGAUACGCAUACCUCGGCAGCAUUAUGGACAGUGUCACUUAUUUCUCCAACGGGAUUUGCACUAGCAAUGGAUAAAAUACUCGUGCUCGACAUAUCUGGACAGGGUGUAACGCUGCACAACCUCUGGACUGGACCCGGCAUCCCAAUCGGUGGUUCCAUCCUGAUGCUCGUUGUGGAUAUUUUGUUGUACGCUGCACUGGCGUUCUAUUUCGACUGUGUGAUUCCAUCGGAUCAUGGUACGAAGCAGAGGCCUUGCUUCUGCUUUAACCGGAACUACUGGUGCAAGAAAAAAGUGCCAAAAGUACCGCUGUUAAAUGGCGAGUCGGCCAAUUCGUUCAACAAUGCGCUCGAGGAUCAGGCACGCGAUGUGGAACCAGUGUCUCGGGAGAUGCGCGGAAAGGAAGCAAUCCGCAUAGUGGAUCUGUACAAGACGUUUCACUCAUGUCGUAAACCGGCAGUGAAUGCCGUCAACGGUAUUAACCUUACAAUCUACGAAGGACAGAUAACGGCUAUACUCGGCCAUAACGGGGCAGGCAAGAGUACGCUGUUUAAUAUUCUUACUGGACUGACGUCACCCACUUCCGGUACAAUAUACAUCUUCGGGUAUGAUGUGCGCGAUCCCAAUGAUAUGACCAUGAUCCGGCGCAUGACGGGAGUGUGCCCGCAGCACGACAUACUGUUCGAAACGCUUACGCCCAAAGAACACUUGUACUUCUUCGCGGCCGUCCGUGGUAUUCCGCCAUCACUGGUUGACAGUGAAGUGAAAAAAACGCUGCGUGAUAUCGACUUGUUCGAUACGGCAGAGACGAGAGUGAAGCAUCUGAGCGGUGGUCAGAAACGGAAGCUUUCCGUCGGCAUAGCCAUCAUUGGUGAUCCUAAAAUUAUCAUUCUAGACGAACCUACGGCCGGUGUCGAUCCGUACUCGCGGCGGCACAUGUGGUCGAUUCUGCAAAAUCGCAAGCACGGAAAGGUGAUCCUUCUGACGACGCACUUUAUGGAUGAAGCAGACAUUCUGGCAGAGCGAAAGGCCGUUGUCUCCCGCGGGCGACUGCGUUGCUGCGGUUCGUCCCUCUUUCUGAAGAACAAGUUCGGCAUCGGUUAUCAUUUGACGCUGGUAUUGGAUACCAAUGCCUGUGAAACGUCCAUCACGAAGCUGGUUAACGAUCACGUUCCGCAAGCAGAGAAAGCCCGUAGACACGGGCGAGAACUGAGCUAUAUCCUGCCACACGACGCGGUGAACUCUUUCGUAUCUCUGUUCGAUGAUAUCGAAAAGGAGAUUAAAACUAAACGAAUGAUGCUUGGCAUUUGCUCGUACGGGGUGUCAAUGACAACGCUGGAAGAGGUGUUUCUACACCUAGAAACGCAGCGAGAAGGUGAACAGAAGGCCGGUACCACUGGAGAAGGCGAAGACGAGGAAGGAGAAGGUGAGGAGGACGAAGAAGAUGGACAAGCGGCGGGAUACCCGGUGUCGGAAAAUUUGAGCCGCAAAGUGAUGAAAACUCGCGGUCUCCCCAGAAGUUUGUCGCUGCAGGAACGCAGUAACAGCUAUCAGUCGUUAAAGAAUGACACCAAAACCCUACUCGACGAACAAAACACCGAUAAUAAAGCGUCCCUGCAAGAUAAUCGUAUGCAGUUUGACACGAUCAUUCCCAUCAACGGGCUUGGAUCGGACGGGGUUAGUCAGGGAACGGCUGGGUCCGGAACGCACCCGGUGUCGAUGGGUGGGGGUGGCGUUGGCUGUGGGCAAAACUCCACCGUUAAUUCUCCACAAGUUCAACGAAUUCACCGUAAGAAACAUCAUCGUUCCUCGCGAAAUGGAGUUAGCAAAAGUACCAAGAGCGUCUAUGAGGACCAGACGCAAACGCAUGGCUCAGCUUCGGCAGUGAAGCUCAAUAGUCAAAAUCGAACUAACUGGAUGGAUCUGGACGACAUUCCACUUUACCCAUCGAGAUGGAGUACAAUCGGGGCUUUACUAAAGUUACGACUGACGAUUCUUUUUCGUGAUAUUCAGCGGUUGUAUCUGCUGAUAAUACUUCCGUUGGCAUUCACUGCCUUGGGACUGUACUUGAACUCGAUACAAGUGUUGUCUCCGAUCAUGCGUUCCAUUUUGCUAGAUAAUACUACCUACGGGAGCAACAUCACCAAGAUCGCCGUACACGAUAAUACAAAUCCUGCGGUAUGGUCUCAUGCAGCCUAUCUUUAUCACCAUCACCAUCAGCCCAAGCAGCAGAAGCGUGAAUCACAGAAGCAUUAUGAUCCGAUACCACCGUUUCUGCAUCAGAAGCACCACCAGCAGCAACAACAGUCGAAGGAAGCGGCUCAUUUGUAUCGUCGCUUCCUGUCGGAAUUGCACCGAUCGGCUAAUGUGACGGAGGAUUUCAGUGGAAACUUUUCCUCGCUACUGGACAUUGCCCCUCAUAUGGCCGCAUUCAAUGUGAAUGUUAUAUCCUGGUCUAAUGUAUCCAUCACCACUCUAUACAACGAUACCACUCAGCAUAGCUUACCGAUCAUCCUGAAUCUAAUCAGCAACACGCUUUUGCGCGUGUAUGCCGAACUUUCGCCGGCAACUAUUAACUCUCAGCAUCUGCUGUAUCAGCGUGCCGGUGGUGGUCGGAAAGGCCCAGCACCAACGUCUAAUGCGCAGUCAGCGUUUGACUACCAAGACGACGCCGCGGAUGGCGAAACUCUGGAUGAUAUUGCAUUUCAACCCUUACCUUCGAGCACAAGUUUUAGCACGACCUCAUCAACAUCUGGUUCCGCGGCUCCAGAUCGUGCUUCUACCGAUUCCAUAUUGCGAAUUGAGUUGUGGUCCCAUCCGUUCCAGCAAACAGCUCAACCGCAGGAGUUCAAUAUAGGCACGUUUUCGUCCGCCCUUUUUGUGGGCAUGAUCUUUGUACUGAUUCCCGUCUCACUAGCCGUUGACAUGGUGUACGAUCGUGAGAUGAAAGCCAAAAAUCAACUGCGCGUGAAUGGGCUUUCCUCGUCCUUGUACCUUUCGGCGUACUUUAUCGUGCUUUCUGGUCUGAUGCUAGUUAUUUGUGCCGCAUUGCUUGGACUAGUUAUAUUCGAUAUUCCUUCAUUCCGACAGCCACCAGCCCUUAUUACUCUGGGAAUGUUGGUGUUUCUUUACUCACCGGCUGGUAUUUUGUGUUCAACGUGUUUCUCCUACUUUUUUGAUCGUACUGAUUCAGCCCAAUCGAUUCUACACAUACUAACGUUUGUAGGAUUGAUUCCGUUCAUAUUGGUUGUGUUCCUGGAUAUGUUGGGUAUUGAGGUGAAGGCAGCGAUUGCACUACAUUAUGUUUUUUCCUUGAUCAACCCAAUGUACAUACCGUACGCAACGGUAUACUUUGUCGAUCGGGUAUAUAUUGCUUGUCGGCUAAGUUCCGCAUGUGCAGAGCUUUCAAUGGCCCACUACAUGACUGAGGAGGUGAUUGUGAUGGCAUGCGGGUGCCUUUUGCACAUUCCUAUUUGGGCGUUCUGUUUGCGGGUAUCUGAUGUGAUGAAAAGUGGCGGUCGUAUGCGGGACCUAUUUCAUCGUUCAGCGAGCGAAGAGGACGUUAUGACUGAAGAGCAAUGCACUGGGGAGUAUGAAGAUGAAGACGUUCGCAAUGAGCGAAGUCGCGUGUUUCGGCUUACAUCGAACCCACAGCAAUCGCAACAGGAGGAAGGUCCGUUGGCUCAGCCUGUAGUGUUGGUAAAGAGCCUUCGUAAAGAGUUCUCACAGGAAUCUUUGUGUGGCAACUGUUGCUGCUGUGCGGAUGAUGAGCUACCAAAGAAAAAGGUUUCCGUGCGAAGUCUUUCAAUCGGAGUGGACGCAGGGGAGGUACUGGGUUUGCUCGGACACAAUGGUGCCGGCAAAACGACCACCAUGAAGAUCAUGACAGGUGAAACGGCUCCAACGCGUGGCACGGUGCGUGUUGCUGGUCACAGUAUCACUAUCAAUCAAGACGACGCAUUCAAGACAUUGGGCUAUUGUCCUCAGCACGACGCUCUGUGGAAGAACGUUACUGUUCGUGAACAUCUAGAAUUGUAUGCCCGCAUUCGAGGCGUGCGUGGCAAAGAUUUGAAUAGAUUGAUAUCGACGUAUCUCACGGGAUUGCACAUAAACGAGCAUGCUAAUAAGCAAACCCAACACUGUUCCGGCGGUACUAGGCGUAAACUUAGCUAUGCUAUGGCAAUGGUCGGUGCUCCAAAAGUAGUUCUACUAGAUGAACCGUCAACUGGGAUGGAUCCGAAGUCGAAAAGAUUCCUGUGGGACACUAUCCUUGCAAGUUUCCACGGAAAACGUUGCGCGAUGCUGACAACACAUUCGAUGGAAGAAGCUGACGCUCUAUGUUCGCGCGUAGGAAUCAUGGUCAAAGGAGAGCUAAGAUGUCUCGGGUCGACGCAACACCUGAAAAAUCUAUACGGAGCUGGUUACACGCUUGAGAUUAAGUUGAAGCACAUAGAAAAUGUGUACAGUGAGACACCAAUCGAAAGCCAACCGAGCAGCAGCCAGGAGCAGCUGCAACUCGACCAAAGUACGGACCACAUUGCACCGGUUAUCAGCAACUGCAUUGACAAUCGUUCGAUGGCGUUGCGCAACUUUGUAACAGAUCUAUUUCCGAGUGCCACCUUGGAAGAGAGUUUCGCCGAUCGGCUAGUAUACUCGGUACCGCAACAAGCCGUCAGUUCCUUAGCUGAAUGUUUUUCGAGGCUCGAAAAAGCCAAGACCGAGCUAGACAUAGAGGAAUAUUCAUUCAGCCAAACAACACUAGAGCAAGUGUUCUUAAAGUUUGCCCACUACGACGAGGAAACGUCCAGUGUGCAUUUCGCACAGGAUGAGCUACAAAUCAAAGACUUCAAUGAUAACGAAUGUGGAAAACGUUUGGCCCAGCGCGAAGGGCUAGUGAAGGCGCUCUAUCAGCGGGGCAUCAAUAGCGAUGGUUUCGAGUAUGCGUGUGGUGGCAGUAUUGUGCAUCGGUAUCUGGUGCUAACAGCGGCACACUGCGUCACGUUUGCGGCAAGCCGACGGAAAAUUUCAACUGAAAAUUUGCAGCUAAAGAUGGGCCGGUUCAAUCUGUCGAACGAUGCGGAGGAACAUGCGGAAGAGUUCAGCGUGAUCGAAACGAUAGUGCACGUGGGCUUUCGGCCGACCACGUUCGAGAAUGACAUCGCCAUCUGCGGGUGGAAAUUCCCAUCAUUUUCAAUGAUUACAUUCAACCGGUGUGUCUUUGGAAGCGGGACGAUGGGUCGUCUGGAGUUCAUGAAGGGCAAUCUCGACGAUGCGCUUAAAUGGUAUAAGAAAUCUUGGAAGUCACAAAACGUGUGGCCACAGUUUCAUCAUCUGUGCUUUUGGGAACUGCUUUGGGUUAAUUGUUUAAGGCUCAAUUGGCGUGAGUCGUUACUGUUCGCGACGUACCUUGUCGAGAACAGCAAAUGGUCGCGCACGAUCUACACAUAUCAGAAGGCAUCAAUCAUGUUGCCAAAGUACAAGCAACGGAUAGCGGGCAAAUCAUUGCCGAUGGAGAAGUUUGCCUGUAAAAAGACUGAACGGUUCUUCGCUCAGCAGUCGUUCCUGUACGUACCCGCGUUGGAGUUGAUGUUUGUGUGGAAUCUGUUCAAGAUACUGGGCAAACAUUUCCAUUUAGCGGACGGCGUCUAUCGAAUAGUGGAGGAGAAUCUCAAUCAUUACGGCGAACGUGUCAACUCAAAGUCAAACCCGGCGUUUGGCAUUUAUGCGGCGGAUAAUAAAGCGUUGCUGUUGCUUUUGAAAGGCGCCUGUUUGCGGCAGAUGAACAGUCCGCUGCAAGCCACACGGUGCCUUGAGGAGGUGAUUGCCCUGUACAAAGAUAUUAAAGAAGACCAUUACCUGGUACCUUAUGCAAUUGUAGAACUGGCAUUGAUCUACAUCGAUCAAGGAAACAAAGAUCAAGCCAUACUAGCUCUAGAGGAUGCUAAUGCCGAGCAUACAACCCACUCAGCCAUGGGAAAGGAACUUAUGAACAGUAGCAACUUCUGUCAGCAGCUUGGCGCAACUUUGGUUCGUAAUUUCAAGCUGAAAAUCAGAGACUCGCGAAAAACGAUAGCGGAAGUAUUCCUGCCCCUCUACACACUGGGUACUCUGAUUGUACUGAAAAUUCUCAUACCGAAUCCAAAUUUUCCCGCUAUCACGGAGCCGCGCGGUGCAGCAACACUGUUCGAACAUUUUCAGCACCAUAAAGCCCAUACCAUUGCCGUGCUACCGCAGCCAAACUCGUCUACUACGAUUCCCUUUCUGAGUGAGGUGAACGAACUAUGGAUGUCGAAUCGACGGCACCAACCAGGCAUACAUCCUAUCAAGUGGAUGGUGUAUGAAUCGCCGGAAGAAUUGCUAGCAGCCUACUGGCGCGACCCGAGCAAGAUGCCCUUGGCGCUGAUAUUCCACACGGAUGACCCGUUGUUCGGUCCGCUGAGGUACGAAAUACGCACGAAUCCAUCGUUUUUUGUGACACCCUCAACGACGGAGCUGUACUCCUCUCUGGUAACGUGCAGACAAUCGGAUAGCUACUGGUCGGCGGUAAUACCGAUCGAAACCGGUGAUUCCUGCCCGGUGAACCAGUACUACUAUUCGGGCUUUAUUGCGCUACAAACUCUGCUCGAUUACACCAAGAUCCGGAUCGUGACGCAAAAUGAAGAACUGCAGAUACCUCAUAUUACGCUAGAGAUGUUUCCCAAGGAAGCCUACACUGGCAAUUGGAUGGUCGCAUUUAGGCUGGUCAUUCCGAUCUACAUGGUGAUGGCUUUGUCGCAAUUCAUUACAUAUCUGCUGAUCCUGAUCGUCGGCGAGAAGGAGAACCACAUAAAGGAAGGAUUAAAGAUUAUGGGGCUGCGAGAUUCCGUCUUUUGGUGCGGUUGGUUCAUCAUUUACGCGGUCUUUGUAACAUUUCUGAGCUUUGUAUCCGUAAUUCUCGUGUUUUCAUUGGGAGUUUUUCAGCAUACCAACUACCUGCCCGUGUUUAUCCUUAUUCUGUUAUACAGCUUUUCGGUUAUUCUGAUUGGCUUUAUGAUAACACCGUUCUUUGACAAUUCGCGGACCGCUGGCAUACUUGGCAAUUUUGCGGUGAAUAUUAUGUCGCUGUUGUAUUUGCAAGUUUUCAUCGACGAUACGCAUACCUCGGCAGCAUUAUGGACAGUGUCACUUAUUUCUCCAACGGGAUUUGCACUAGCAAUGGAUAAAAUACUCGUGCUCGACAUAUCUGGACAGGGUGUAACGCUGCACAACCUCUGGACUGGACCCGGCAUCCCAAUCGGUGGUUCCAUCCUGAUGCUCGUUGUGGAUAUUUUGUUGUACGCUGCACUGGCGUUCUAUUUCGACUGUGUGAUUCCAUCGGAUCAUGGUACGAAGCAGAGGCCUUGCUUCUGCUUUAACCGGAACUACUGGUGCAAGAAAAAAGUGCCAAAAGUACCGCUGUUAAAUGGCGAGUCGGCCAAUUCGUUCAACAAUGCGCUCGAGGAUCAGGCACGCGAUGUGGAACCAGUGUCUCGGGAGAUGCGCGGAAAGGAAGCAAUCCGCAUAGUGGAUCUGUACAAGACGUUUCACUCAUGUCGUAAACCGGCAGUGAAUGCCGUCAACGGUAUUAACCUUACAAUCUACGAAGGACAGAUAACGGCUAUACUCGGCCAUAACGGGGCAGGCAAGAGUACGCUGUUUAAUAUUCUUACUGGACUGACGUCACCCACUUCCGGUACAAUAUACAUCUUCGGGUAUGAUGUGCGCGAUCCCAAUGAUAUGACCAUGAUCCGGCGCAUGACGGGAGUGUGCCCGCAGCACGACAUACUGUUCGAAACGCUUACGCCCAAAGAACACUUGUACUUCUUCGCGGCCGUCCGUGGUAUUCCGCCAUCACUGGUUGACAGUGAAGUGAAAAAAACGCUGCGUGAUAUCGACUUGUUCGAUACGGCAGAGACGAGAGUGAAGCAUCUGAGCGGUGGUCAGAAACGGAAGCUUUCCGUCGGCAUAGCCAUCAUUGGUGAUCCUAAAAUUAUCAUUCUAGACGAACCUACGGCCGGUGUCGAUCCGUACUCGCGGCGGCACAUGUGGUCGAUUCUGCAAAAUCGCAAGCACGGAAAGGUGAUCCUUCUGACGACGCACUUUAUGGAUGAAGCAGACAUUCUGGCAGAGCGAAAGGCCGUUGUCUCCCGCGGGCGACUGCGUUGCUGCGGUUCGUCCCUCUUUCUGAAGAACAAGUUCGGCAUCGGUUAUCAUUUGACGCUGGUAUUGGAUACCAAUGCCUGUGAAACGUCCAUCACGAAGCUGGUUAACGAUCACGUUCCGCAAGCAGAGAAAGCCCGUAGACACGGGCGAGAACUGAGCUAUAUCCUGCCACACGACGCGGUGAACUCUUUCGUAUCUCUGUUCGAUGAUAUCGAAAAGGAGAUUAAAACUAAACGAAUGAUGCUUGGCAUUUGCUCGUACGGGGUGUCAAUGACAACGCUGGAAGAGGUGUUUCUACACCUAGAAACGCAGCGAGAAGGUGAACAGAAGGCCGGUACCACUGGAGAAGGCGAAGACGAGGAAGGAGAAGGUGAGGAGGACGAAGAAGAUGGACAAGCGGCGGGAUACCCGGUGUCGGAAAAUUUGAGCCGCAAAGUGAUGAAAACUCGCGGUCUCCCCAGAAGUUUGUCGCUGCAGGAACGCAGUAACAGCUAUCAGUCGUUAAAGAAUGACACCAAAACCCUACUCGACGAACAAAACACCGAUAAUAAAGCGUCCCUGCAAGAUAAUCGUAUGCAGUUUGACACGAUCAUUCCCAUCAACGGGCUUGGAUCGGACGGGGUUAGUCAGGGAACGGCUGGGUCCGGAACGCACCCGGUGUCGAUGGGUGGGGGUGGCGUUGGCUGUGGGCAAAACUCCACCGUUAAUUCUCCACAAGUUCAACGAAUUCACCGUAAGAAACAUCAUCGUUCCUCGCGAAAUGGAGUUAGCAAAAGUACCAAGAGCGUCUAUGAGGACCAGACGCAAACGCAUGGCUCAGCUUCGGCAGUGAAGCUCAAUAGUCAAAAUCGAACUAACUGGAUGGAUCUGGACGACAUUCCACUUUACCCAUCGAGAUGGAGUACAAUCGGGGCUUUACUAAAGUUACGACUGACGAUUCUUUUUCGUGAUAUUCAGCGGUUGUAUCUGCUGAUAAUACUUCCGUUGGCAUUCACUGCCUUGGGACUGUACUUGAACUCGAUACAAGUGUUGUCUCCGAUCAUGCGUUCCAUUUUGCUAGAUAAUACUACCUACGGGAGCAACAUCACCAAGAUCGCCGUACACGAUAAUACAAAUCCUGCGGUAUGGUCUCAUGCAGCCUAUCUUUAUCACCAUCACCAUCAGCCCAAGCAGCAGAAGCGUGAAUCACAGAAGCAUUAUGAUCCGAUACCACCGUUUCUGCAUCAGAAGCACCACCAGCAGCAACAACAGUCGAAGGAAGCGGCUCAUUUGUAUCGUCGCUUCCUGUCGGAAUUGCACCGAUCGGCUAAUGUGACGGAGGAUUUCAGUGGAAACUUUUCCUCGCUACUGGACAUUGCCCCUCAUAUGGCCGCAUUCAAUGUGAAUGUUAUAUCCUGGUCUAAUGUAUCCAUCACCACUCUAUACAACGAUACCACUCAGCAUAGCUUACCGAUCAUCCUGAAUCUAAUCAGCAACACGCUUUUGCGCGUGUAUGCCGAACUUUCGCCGGCAACUAUUAACUCUCAGCAUCUGCUGUAUCAGCGUGCCGGUGGUGGUCGGAAAGGCCCAGCACCAACGUCUAAUGCGCAGUCAGCGUUUGACUACCAAGACGACGCCGCGGAUGGCGAAACUCUGGAUGAUAUUGCAUUUCAACCCUUACCUUCGAGCACAAGUUUUAGCACGACCUCAUCAACAUCUGGUUCCGCGGCUCCAGAUCGUGCUUCUACCGAUUCCAUAUUGCGAAUUGAGUUGUGGUCCCAUCCGUUCCAGCAAACAGCUCAACCGCAGGAGUUCAAUAUAGGCACGUUUUCGUCCGCCCUUUUUGUGGGCAUGAUCUUUGUACUGAUUCCCGUCUCACUAGCCGUUGACAUGGUGUACGAUCGUGAGAUGAAAGCCAAAAAUCAACUGCGCGUGAAUGGGCUUUCCUCGUCCUUGUACCUUUCGGCGUACUUUAUCGUGCUUUCUGGUCUGAUGCUAGUUAUUUGUGCCGCAUUGCUUGGACUAGUGUUUAUAUUCGAUAUUCCUUCAUUCCGACAGCCACCAGCCCUUAUUACUCUGGGAAUGUUGGUGUUUCUUUACUCACCGGCUGGUAUUUUGUGUUCAACGUGUUUCUCCUACUUUUUUGAUCGUACUGAUUCAGCCCAAUCGAUUCUACCAAACAUACUAACGUUUGUAGGAUUGAUUCCGUUCAUAUUGGUUGUGUUCCUGGAUAUGUUGGGUAUUGAGGUGAAGGCAGCGAUUGCACUACAUUAUGUUUUUUCCUUGAUCAACCCAAUGUACAUACCGUACGCAACGGUAUACUUUGUCGAUCGGGUAUAUAUUGCUUGUCGGCUAAGUUCCGCAUGUGCAGAGCUUUCAAUGGCCCACUACAUGACUGAGGAGGUGAUUGUGAUGGCAUGCGGGUGCCUUUUGCACAUUCCUAUUUGGGCGUUCUGUUUGCGGGUAUCUGAUGUGAUGAAAAGUGGCGGUCGUAUGCGGGACCUAUUUCAUCGUUCAGCGAGCGAAGAGGACGUUAUGACUGAAGAGCAAUGCACUGGGGAGUAUGAAGAUGAAGACGUUCGCAAUGAGCGAAGUCGCGUGUUUCGGCUUACAUCGAACCCACAGCAAUCGCAACAGGAGGAAGGUCCGUUGGCUCAGCCUGUAGUGUUGGUAAAGAGCCUUCGUAAAGAGUUCUCACAGGAAUCUUUGUGUGGCAACUGUUGCUGCUGUGCGGAUGAUGAGCUACCAAAGAAAAAGGUUUCCGUGCGAAGUCUUUCAAUCGGAGUGGACGCAGGGGAGGUACUGGGUUUGCUCGGACACAAUGGUGCCGGCAAAACGACCACCAUGAAGAUCAUGACAGGUGAAACGGCUCCAACGCGUGGCACGGUGCGUGUUGCUGGUCACAGUAUCACUAUCAAUCAAGACGACGCAUUCAAGACAUUGGGCUAUUGUCCUCAGCACGACGCUCUGUGGAAGAACGUUACUGUUCGUGAACAUCUAGAAUUGUAUGCCCGCAUUCGAGGCGUGCGUGGCAAAGAUUUGAAUAGAUUGAUAUCGACGUAUCUCACGGGAUUGCACAUAAACGAGCAUGCUAAUAAGCAAACCCAACACUGUUCCGGCGGUACUAGGCGUAAACUUAGCUAUGCUAUGGCAAUGGUCGGUGCUCCAAAAGUAGUUCUACUAGAUGAACCGUCAACUGGGAUGGAUCCGAAGUCGAAAAGAUUCCUGUGGGACACUAUCCUUGCAAGUUUCCACGGAAAACGUUGCGCGAUGCUGACAACACAUUCGAUGGAAGAAGCUGACGCUCUAUGUUCGCGCGUAGGAAUCAUGGUCAAAGGAGAGCUAAGAUGUCUCGGGUCGACGCAACACCUGAAAAAUCUAUACGGAGCUGGUUACACGCUUGAGAUUAAGUUGAAGCACAUAGAAAAUGUGUACAGUGAGACACCAAUCGAAAGCCAACCGAGCAGCAGCCAGGAGCAGCUGCAACUCGACCAAAGUACGGACCACAUUGCACCGGUUAUCAGCAACUGCAUUGACAAUCGUUCGAUGGCGUUGCGCAACUUUGUAACAGAUCUAUUUCCGAGUGCCACCUUGGAAGAGAGUUUCGCCGAUCGGCUAGUAUACUCGGUACCGCAACAAGCCGUCAGUUCCUUAGCUGAAUGUUUUUCGAGGCUCGAAAAAGCCAAGACCGAGCUAGACAUAGAGGAAUAUUCAUUCAGCCAAACAACACUAGAGCAAGUGUUCUUAAAGUUUGCCCACUACGACGAGGAAACGUCCAGUGUGCAGUAAGAUCAUACCGAUCACGAUCCUAGAUCAUCAGCGAGAAAAUUAUCCUUUUGAAUUGUCCUUCAGAAGCAUCAUUUGGUAAAACCCCUACUCUAUGGUGUUGCGCGUGUGUUAAUAAUAUCACCCUUAAAACCGUCACUUUGCAAAUAAUGAUUGGAAGUGGCUGCCUGUGUGCAUGUAUAGGACGCCUGGUAAGCUGAAACAGUUGUCUAGGAAAGUCGCAGCAAUUGAGCAUGCAAAAUAAAACAAGUGUAGUUAAUUAAAAACAUAAACCUAGGGCGCGGAAAACAUGCAUAUAGUGCAUUGCGAAGAAGUAAGAGAGUUCGGUUAAAGUAAAACCAUUUGUGCAAUAGUUUCGUGAGACAGAAGGGGUAUCUGAAGCAACUAGACUAUACACAAAAUGAUUGUAAUGUAAUGACAAAAAAAUCGAAAAAGCAGACUGGUGAUGCAGGUCAGAUAAGGAUGGUGAACACGAAAGUAAAACUCAUUAACAUAAGCAUUAAAAUACACUCACACAAAUUAGACAGCAAAAAGAGAAAAGAGGGGAAAAAGGUUAGUAAAAUAUAACAAUAAGUUGAAACCAAACCACUUCACAGUAAACGAAAACGGUGCUGUUUUUGUGAAGCAGCUGAUGCGUCUUCUCUGUAUGCAAGUUUUUGCUGAGGAAUCUUUUAGAUUUAAAUUGAAUUUAAAACAAACCUAGUCAAAACCCUUAAAGAACAAGCAAGCGAAAACGCAAACAUGCUAUAGCGGGCAAGUGAAUUAAACAAUAAGUUAAGUAAGCUGAUGUGUAAGUGUAAGGCAGGAAACGAAAAACAAUCUGAUACAGAUGUCAAAACACUGCAAACCAUGAUACUGGUUAAAAUAAUGCAUGAAACGAUGUGCAAUGGAAUUUUAGUGCGAGCUAAAAAAGAGAACCCAAAACCAAUACGGUGAUUGCAUUGGAUGCGCAUAAUCAUAACACGAAGGUUGAUGCAGAUGGAAUUCAUCUUUUGCGGAAGUUAUCACAUGUAGGAUGCAAAAUCUGGACAAAGGAAACAGAAACACAUUUGACAAAGAAAUUUGACUUGAAAACUGUGAUUAAAGUCGAAAUUGUGGAAAUAUUGGUUUGGCAGGACAAAAAAGACACGGAAAAAUAGAUAAAUAAUAAUAAUAAUAAUAAAAAUAAUGAUAAAUGGUUAAUAACUAAAAUUACACUCAUAACUUCCUUGUCGCCAACGAG